AUGGCUGUUGCGUUUCGUCUCAGCACAGCCCUACUCCCCUCGCUCGCGGCACCCACAGUGUCUCCCACCAACGCCGCAAAGCCCUCCCUUUCUUCCGCAUCCCGCGCCGCCUUGCUACCUUUAAUUGCCGUCCGCGCUACCGUUACUCCUCAGCGAUCCCCCGCGUGUCGAGCAUCCACGGCCGUCGACUUGCCCACGUCAACAGGAACCAUGGCUGACGCGGCAGCUUCGGCGACUGACGUCAACGCGUCUGCGGGUGACGUGGAUUCGCGCAGCGGGUGCAGGAUCUGCGCAGCGGUGACGGCGACGACGGUGGGGGGAAUGCGCGAGCAGAUGGCGCAAGCGAAGGCGGCGGGAGCGGACACGGCGGAGCUCCGCGUUGACCAUUUGACCGAGUUUGACCCGAGCGUUGACCUCCCUGCGCUCCUAAACGAUCGCUGCCUGCCCGUUAUUGUCACAUGCCGCCCCACGUGUGAGGGCGGUAAGUACUCGGAUCCAGACGAGGAGACGCGGCAGCAGGUGCUGGCGAUGGCCAUGGAGAUGGGAGCUGAGUUCAUUGACGUCGAACUGCAGGUCGCCUCCGAGUUCAUCCAGAAGCACGUUGCACCCCGCCGCGCCGCCGCCGCUGCUGCUGCCGCUGCCGCUGGUGACGGUGUGACUGCAACGCGUGUGAUUGUAUCGAGCCACAACUACAGCGUGACCCCGCCAUUGGAGGAGCUGCGGGCGCUGGUGGCGCGCAUAGAGGCUGCUGGGGCCGACAUUGUGAAGUUCGCCACCACUGCCACUGAUAUCACUGACAAUGCACGCGUGUUCCAGAUUCUGAAAGAGGCGCAGCGCCCCACAAUCGCAUUGGUGAUGGGCCCCAAGGGCCUCAUCAGCCGCCUCCUCGCGCCCAAAUUCAACGCCUUCCUCACCUUCGGGGCGAUCACCCCUGGCGCUGAGUCAGCGCCAGGUCAGCCGACGGUCGCUGAGCUGGCGGGCACGUACAGGCUGGCUUCGGUGGGGCCGGCAACGCACGUGUUUGGGCUGGUGGGGAACCCGGUGGGGCACAGCAAGGGCCCUGUGCUGCACAAUGCAGCGCUGAGGCAUGUGGGGUAUGACGGCGUGUACGUGCCGUUCCUCGUGGACGAUGUGCCGGAGUUUCUCAAGACGUUUGACAGCCCGGACUUCAAGGGGUUCAGUGUGACCAUUCCCCACAAGCUCGCGGCGUUGGAGUGCUGCCAAGAUGUGGAGCCUCUAGCCAAGAGCAUAGGCGCUGCCAACACCAUCAUUCGGGGAGAAGAUGGGCGGCUGAUGGGGUACAACACAGACUGCAUGGCGGCUAUAGAGGCCAUAGAGGACGGGCUCAGGCAGGCAGAGGGAGGCAGCAGCAGCAGUAGCAGCGCGGAAGCUUCCUCCUCUCCCCUUGCCGGCCGUCUCUUUGUGGUUGUGGGGGCGGGGGGUGCGGGGAGGGCUUUGGCUUUUGGUGCCAAAGCAAAGGGUGCGGAUGUGAUUAUAACGAAUAGGAGCUAUGGCAAGGCGGAGGCGCUGGCUGCGGCUGUGGGCGGCACUGCCUUGCCUUUGCCGUCUGGUUCUGUUGACGUGGCAGCGGGCGGCGAUGAGCUGGCGGCGGUGCUGCAGGAGAUGCAGAGAGGGCGGAGUGGGCGUGCUGUGCUGGCGAAUACUACGUCUGUGGGGAUGCAUCCUCAUGUGGACGAUACUCCUGUCAGCAAGGCUGUGUUGCAGGAGUGCAGUCUGGUCUUUGAUGCGGUCUACACCCCCAUGGAAACCCGUCUGCUCAAAGAGGCGAAGCAGGCAGGAGCUGCAACGGUCAGCGGCGUCGAGAUGUUUGUUGGCCAGGCGGCUCGACAAUUCGAGCUCUUCACCGGAAAGCCAGCUCCUGUCUCCCCACGCUGGUUCUGGCUGGAGAAGCGUUCCCGCCGCGCAGUGACCCACCUGGACCUCUCCCAGCCGUCGCGCUUCCUCGAGUCGCUCCCCCUCGCCUUCUUCCCGCGCGUCACCUCGCUCUCCCUCAACUGCUCGCUCUACCGCCGCCCCUGCUCCGCCGAUAGGCUCUAUGACUUUAGGGAACUGCACGUGCUCGAGCUGCUGCAUCUCAAACGGAUCCUAAAUCAACGGCCCUGGGUGAAUCUGGAGUUUGUCGACUCGCACUUCCUGCUAGAGGGGCUGCCUAAAACGGGGAUGGGGUAUGCGGGAGGGUUUGUGGGCGCGGGUGGGGGUGGGGGAGCGGGAGGGGAAGGGGGAGCGGGUGGUGGCGGUGGCGGUGCUGUGAAUAUGCAGAGUGGGAGUUUCAGUGCCAGCGGUUCGGUUUCAACUCCCGGUGUUACUACCCCGGCUGUUGCAACUCCGGGUAUGGCGACUCCUGGCGGGGUAAUCACCCCAGGCGGGGAAACUACCCCCGGGUUUCCCGGCUCGGAAAAACCCGCGAGUAAAUUUUCCCGGGAUGGUGGCGCGGGGUCAAAGUCAGGCAGAGGGCGCUCGGGAGGGGGGGGCGGGCCGAAGGUGUGGGAUACGAUGGAGGAAGAGGAGGUGGUGGGAGGAGGGGGGGGAGGAGGAGAGGUGGCGGGUGUAGGGGAGGGAGUGGGGGGUGGGAGAGGAGGGGUUGGAGCUGAGUUCAUGCGGAUUGGGUUCUUUGACAAGUGUGGGGCGUCGCUGCAGUCUCUGAUCCUGGAGGGGGGACGUAACGUUACCAACAUUGAGAAUAUCGCAAAGGAGAUCUCCAUCAAGAUGCUAACUCAGGAGCUCGCCCAGUGCUCCGCCCUGCGCCAUCUGGUCAUCUCUCAGACCGUCAAGGGCAACCCGCGCCUGCUAGAACGCGCCUUCUCCUCCCUGCCCCUCCUCACCUACCUCGACCUGGGCAACCUCAAGAUCGAAACCCCGGGGGCGUCUGGUCCCCCGCUGCUGGGGGCGACGGAUGGGAUGCUGAGGGAGGUAGCGCGGUGGUGUGCGGUGGUGGAGGAGGUGUAUGUGGGGCCGCAUGCGACGGUGGUGGGGGUGGAGGCGGUAGCAGGGAAGUGCAAGCAGCUGCGCGUGUUGGGGGAUGUGACUGCGGCUUGCCGAGACUCCAUGCAUGUCAUGAACAAGUGGGCCACCAACGAGACUUUAGAGGAGGUGGGCCGAUCGUGCCCCUCGCUGCGCUCGCUGCUCAUCCGCUGCAACGCAGACAUCACAGACGCAGGCCUGGUGGCACUAGCAGCACUCAACCCCAACCUCACCCAUCUCAACGUAUUCGCCCUCGCCCACUCCCUCACAUACAUCUCCCUCGUCUCCGCCGCCCGCCACUGGACCUCCCUGGAAACCCUCAUCCUGCCCUUCUGCGAGCGAGACGACCGCGCCGACCUGCCUGACCUGGUGAAGGUUCUUUCUUCCAGCUGCCCGAAGCUGAAAGUUUUUUCAAUCGGGCUGUGUGCGCAUAGGUAUUUUGAGGCGUUGCUGGAGCUGCUGGGGUCGUGUUCGUCGCUGGAGUAUGUGUAUCUGUAUGAGAGCUGCCAGGAGGGGCAUGAAUUCACCAUGGCUGAUCUCAGGAAGGCUGCUGCCAAGGAGAAGAGGAAACCGCUGAUUUGCUACGCUGCUGGCUCGGCUGAAGGGAUCUGA